AUGCGUCAAUCGAUGCGAACAGGAGCUGUUGCAGCUCUUGCUGCCUCUACAGCAAAGGGUGCCUCCCUCGCAGAUGUUUGCACUGUCGCCAAUGUCCAAGCUGCUUUACCAGCAAACGGAACCUUUAACGGCAUCAACCCAAUCUCAUCUUCCGUUACUGCCAACGCUGUUUACAACUCCACAGUCAGCUCGGUAGCUUACGACUAUUGCAACGUAACUGUUACUUAUGCCCACCCUGGUAAAGAUCAAGUUGUCGUUUGGUACAACUUCCCAAGCCCCGAUGUCUAUAAGAACCGUUUCUAUGUUGGUGGAGGAGGUGGAUACGCUCUUGGCUCCGACCCAACCGCAGGUCUACCAUAUGGUGCCGUCGGGGGUGUCUCAGAUGGCGGCUAUGAUGCUAUUGGUGGUACCACUGUUGAUGAGGUUGUCUUGACUGGAAAUGGCUCUGUUAACUGGGAUAGCAUCUACAUGUUCGCAUACCAGGCACUUGGUGAGAUGACUCAGCUUGGAAAGGCUAUUACUCCAUUGUUCUAUGGCAGCAACUCAAGCGCAAAGCUCUAUACUUACUACGAGGGAUGCUCUGAUGGUGGGCGUCAGGCUUUCCGUUAUGGACAACAACAAGUUAACCACUUAUUCUCCAACGUUGCCGAGAUCAUGAUGAACUACUUCCCACCUACUUGUGAGAUGGACAAGAUCGUCAAUAUGACAAUCGAGGCUUGCGAUCCUCUCGAUGGACGUACCGACGGCGUCGUAUCCCGAACUGAUCUUUGCAAGCUCAACUUCAACAUUAACAGCACUAUCGGCGCCCCUUACUAUUGCGAGGCCUCAUCUAGUAGCUCCCUUGGAUUUGCAUUCGGUCAAAAGGUAAAGAGACAAAUGGGUCAAUCCGCCGUCUCUACACCUGCUCAAAACGGGACUGUCUCUGCUGAAGGCGCUGCUCUCGCUGCUCAACUCUACGAUGGCAUGUUCAACUCAAAGGGUCAACGUGUCUACCUCCCAUGGCAACCAGCUUGUGCAUUCCAAGAUGCCACCAGCUCCUACGAUAACACUACCGGCACAUGGGGUGAUGAUAUUGCUUCCACCGGAGGUGAAUUCGUUACCAAAUUCAUUCAAAAGCUUGAUCUCGACAACCUUGCUUCGCUCGACGGCGUCACCAUGGAUACUCUCCAAGAAUGGAUGACUGAGGCUAUGGUCAUGUACAUGGAUAGUUUACAAACUACUCUCCCUGACCUUACUGAGUUCCAAGAAUCUGGAGGAAAGCUUAUUCAUUACCACGGAGAAUCUGACGACAGUAUUCCAACCGGUUCUUCAGUCCACUAUUACGAUUCAGUCCGCUCCAUCAUGUACCCAAAUCAAGAUUUCAAUGCCAGUGUCACCUCCCUCAAGGAAUGGUACAAGCUUUUUCUUAUUCCAGGAGCCGCCCAUUGCAGCACCAACACUCUUCAACCAGGCCCUUACCCAGCCGACAACAUGGCUACCAUGAUCGACUGGAUUGAGAACGGUAUUGAGCCAGAGAGACUCAACGCUACUGUUGGCAGCGGUACUUUUGAGGGAGAGGUUCAAAAGCUUUGCGCCUACCCAUUGAGACCUAUCUGGGAUGCCGAGGGAACCUUAUCUUGCGAGUAUGACCAAGCUUCCAUUGACAGCUGGACUUACACUUUCGAUGCAUUCAAGGUGCCAGUCUACUAG